ACAGGAAUUAAAGUGCAGGAAGAAGUUAAAUUUAAGGCAGCAAAACCCCCAAUGUCUGAUCAGGAAUUCAGAAAUUUUCUUGACUCAGUUGGGCACAUGAUUAAACCAGAAGAAUUUCGGAUAAGUAUAUAUCAGGGUGGCUGUGAACCAUCUUUGAGAAGAGUAGCUUGGAGGCACUUGCUAAAUAUAUUUCCAAAUGGACUUUCUGGUAAGGAAAGAUUUGAGUAUAUGAAGAGAAAAGAAAAAGAAUAUUUUGACUUGAGAGAUCAUUGGAAAAGAUUAGUAAAUGGAGAGUCAAUGUCAGAAGAAAUGAAAUUUGUGACAUCGAUGGUUAAAAAAGAUGUUCUAAGAACUGACCGUACACACAAAUUCUACUCUGGUUCUGAUGAUAACAAAAAUUUGAUUUCGUUGUUUAAUGUGCUGGUAACAUUUGCAUUGACUCACCCAGAAACUUCAUAUUGCCAAGGGAUGAGUGAUAUAGCUUCUCCACUGCUUGUCACACAGAAAGAUGAGGCUCAAACCUAUCUCUGUUUUUGUGCCAUGAUGAGAAGACUGAAGAAUAAUUUUAAUAUCAAUGGACAAGCCAUAACCAUGAAAUUUAAACAUCUUUCUGAUCUGCUUCAUGUCCAUGACUCAGAGUUGCAUUCCUACUUCCAAAAAAUCAGUGCUAGCGACAUGUUCUUUUGUUACAGAUGGAUAUUAUUAGAACUCAAGAGAGAAUUUCCUUUUGAAGAUGCUCUUUACAUGUUGGAAGUAAUGUGGAGCACAUUACCACCUGAUCCACCAAGUUUAGAAGUUCCCCUUGUGGAUGAGUCAUUUUCAAAGGAAAACUUGUCUCAUUUACCAUGCUCCCCAUCUUUUGGUAUCCAACAAACUGUUUAUGCAAAACUAAAUGCCAUGAGAAGACAAAAGUCAAUAUUAAAAAAUAAUUCAUCAUUAGAUGGGGAAAAUAAAAGUGAACAGGAAUUAGCUCAGAAAAGUGUAAACAAUAACUCCAGAACGACUGAUAUUUUCGAUGAAUCAAGCUCUGUAGUGAAUUCCCAAGAAUAUCCUGUCUUAAAUGAUACUGAGACCAGGAAUAUGGUUGUAAAGAGUUCAUCCAUUGAUGGAUCUUUAAGACAUCCUGUUGGAAAAAGUCAUGAUGAUAAGGAAGAAAAUUUCCUUGAAAAAGAUUCACACUUUCAGAAUUCUUUGGAUAAUGAUAAAAAUAUCCCAGAGAAUGAUGAAAUUGCAGUAUAUCCCAGUUCUCAGUUUACAAAAGAAAAAGUAAUAUCUCUAAAUGAGGAUGGGAACUCUGAGAAGUCAACUAACAUGUGUAUUGAAGGACAUGACAAUGAAUUACUUCAGGAGGAAGAACAGUCUCAGUUCUACAUAUCUUUAGAUGAAAGUCAAGAGAAUAAAACUAAUGCAAGUGGAAAAGUUGUGAGCACAGAUGGAGUUUGUGAAGAUUCUGAUGUUUUUGCAGCUGAGAAUGCGUACCCUGAUCCUGAUAAUAAAGAUUGUAAUUUAUCACAAAAGGAGAUAUUUGGAAGCAGUUGCAGAAAACAUGUCUUUACACAUGGUUUGAAUGAUAUUUCGACCAAUUCUGAAAAGGAAAUUUUGAGACAAGAAAAACCUGGAACACAAUCUGUCAAUUUCAGUACUGAGUACAAUUCCAGUUGUCAAUCAGAACAGUUGAACUUGUCAAAUUCUUUGGAAAUAGUCAAACAUGAUGAUGAUAAAAAUGCGUGUCUCCCAGCCCCACAGGAUUUUGGUUGUGGAAAUCCGUUCCUAAUGUUUCUCUGUUUGUCAUUGCUACAACAGCAUAGAGAUCGCAUUUUGCAGAAGAAAUUGGAAUACGAUGAGAUCGCCAUCAUGUUUGACAAACUGGUCAGAAAACAUGAUGUACACAAAGUAUUACAUUACAGUAGAUGUCUUUAUUCUGAGUACCUUAGGACGCAACAAAAAAUCAGUGAAUCCAAUGAUGAAGACCCAAGUGUAUAAAAUGCUUUGUUUUUAUUAAUAAAUUUAUCAAUGUCUAA